UGCGCGACUCCAAAGAGUCAUUAAAUAGAGCUUUGGCCCAAAACUUCGGCCUUCUCGAUCAGGUAGCGACUGCGGGGAGGUAGACGGGCCGUUUGUACGUUGUUGUUGUUGUUGUUGUUGUUGUCGUCGUCGACGCUUGACCAAAUCCCAAGAUGACUCAUCAGUACCCAUCCCUCUCUCCGGAGCAGAAGAAGGAGCUCUCUGACAUCGCUCAGAGGAUUGUGGCUCCAGGAAAGGGAAUCCUGGCUGCAGAUGAAUCAACAGGCACCAUGGGAAAGCGCCUGCAGAAGAUCAACGUGGAGAACAAUGAGGAGAAUCGUCGUUACUUCCGCGACCUCCUCUUCUCCGUUGAUCCCUCAAUCUCCAACAGUGUGGGUGGGGUCAUCUUUUUCCAUGAGACGCUCUACCAGAAAUCUGACAAAGGCAAGCUUUUCCCCCAGGUCGUCAAGGAGAAAGGAAUUGUUGUCGGCAUCAAGGUGGACAAAGGCACAGCUGCUCUAAAUGGGACUGAUGGAGAGACCACCACACAAGGCCUUGAUGGACUUUCAGAGCGUUGUGCUCAAUACAAGAAGGAUGGUUGCGAUUUCGCUAAAUGGAGGUGUGUGCUGAAGAUCUCAGAUGGCUGCCCAUCUGCUCUUGGAAUCGCAGAAAAUGCCAAUGUCCUUGCCAGAUAUGCCAGCAUCUGCCAACAGAAUGGCCUUGUACCUAUUGUGGAGCCAGAGAUCUUGCCUGAUGGAGGUCAUGAUCUGCUGCGCUGCCAGUAUGUCACAGAAAAGGUUCUGGCUGCUGUUUACAAAGCUCUGUCAGAUCACCACGUCUACCUGGAGGGCACCCUGCUGAAGCCCAACAUGGUCACUGCUGGACACUCCUGCCCUAAAAAAUACACCCCUCAGGAGGUCGCCAUGGCCACAGUGACAGCCCUGAGACGCACUGUCCCUGCCGCUGUGCCAGGUAUUUGCUUCCUGUCUGGAGGACAGAGCGAAGAGGAGGCCACCCUUAACCUGAACGCCAUCAACCAGGUGCCCAUCCUACGCCCCUGGAAGCUGACUUUCUCUUAUGGCCGUGCACUCCAGGCCUCAGCCCUUGUAGCUUGGCAGGGCAAAGCCGCCAACAAGGCCGCUGCACAGGAAGCUUUCUUCACCAGAGCCAAGAACAAUGGCCUGGCCUCCAAAGGAGAGUACAAGGCCACUGGCUCAGCUGAUCAGGCCUCCAUGCAGUCCCUGUACACGGCCAGCUAUGUAUAUUAAAUACUGUGAACAUUCGAGACAUAAAAUCCACAUGGACCAAAUCUGAUGACUGGAAUUUAAGUCACUAUGUAGUCCUUCUGCCAAUACCUGAAAGCAAGUUCACUAAAUGUUUUACUACUGGUUUGUCUACCUGACUGAAUGUAGAGAAGAAAUAAAUGGCGUGAACAAAA